UACGUCUUGUCGCAAGCGAAGCUACGGAAAAUUUAGGAAGGAUAUUUAUUCAUUAUAAUCCUUCCCAUCCAUAAUACAAUUUCUCACAGGAUCUUCUAAAAAGGAUACAAUCGCUAAUUACAGAUAAGUUAAUCGUUUUCCUAACGUUAUUGUUCAUAACUUGUGUUCCAUUUAUAUAGAAACAAUUAAAGUAUGUCAUCCGAAUCAUUAACCGAUGACGAGCACGCCGUGUCUGAAUUUUAUGAAAUCAGCGCGCCGCAACGGCCUGAUAGUGCUCCCAUUAGCGGUGACUCACGUUUAUACUCAUUGCUUUCGGCUAUGGAGGCUAACAUGUCAGAAACGAAUAAAUAUCUGAAAGGUAUAUUUGACGAGCAUAAUGCCGCCAUAAAGCGACCACGUGCGUCUAUUGAAAACAAUGAAUUAUUGAUAAUAGACGAAGCCGAACAAGGCGAACAGCAUGAGCACUCGGCCCCAAAGAGGGCAAAAAUUACCACAAAGUCUGGGCACAAUUCUGACGGCAAUGACCGCUCAUUUGACCAGCAAAGUCCUGAGUCUGAAAGUACUGAGGGAAACUCUGAGAUUGUGCAUGAACAAUCAGACGAUACUUUGAGUUUAUUCGGAGGACCAGAAAUUGAUUCAGAAAUUGAAAACGCGGUCGAUAACGAUGAUCUUCUUUCUGAAAUUGCUCAAACACUAUCUUCUAAGGAGCAAACCGGGCCCCCCAUUUCAGAAAAAUUGGCAAAAAUCAUAAACGCCAAGCUUAGCGAAGAUUUUGACGCUACCAAAUUAAAAGAAAUUCUUAAUAAGUACCCUCGGCCUAAAAAUUGCGAGCAAAUGUAUGUGCCGAGAAUAAAUCAAGAAAUAUGGCAAAAAAUGAAGCCAUUUACUAAAAGGGGAUAUCAAAAUGGCGAAUCUACAAGAUUCCACCAUCAAAGGUUUAUCAGGGCUUGCUAG